ACUCAGGGGACACCUGUUAAGGUAUUCAGGGGACACCUGUGGACACCUGUUGAGGUAUUCAGGGGACACCUGUUGAGGUACUCAGGGGACACCUGUUGAGGUAUUCAGGGGACACCUGUUGAUGUACUCAGGGGACACCUGUUGAGGUAUUCAGGGGACACCUGUUGAGGUAUUCAGGGGACACCUGUUGAUGUACUCAGGGGACACCUGUUGAGGUAUUCAGGGGACACCUGUUGAGGUACUCAGGGGACACCUGUUGAGGUACUUAGGGGACACCUGUUGAGGUACUCAGGGGACACCUGUUAAGGUACUUAGGGGACACCUGUGGACACCUGUUGAGGUAUUCAGGGGACACCUGUUGAGGUAUUCAGGGGAUACCUGUGGACACCUGUGGGGAUGUCAAGGGGAUACCCCAGGAACCCUCAGCCGUGAGCACCGCGCGGCUACGACUGCCGACUGAGCAUGGAGAGUUACGGCGAGGCGCGGCCUCCCCGCUCUCGUGGGAGCUUGGGCUGUGCACCGUGCCGUGCUGUGCGGCCCCACGCAGCCUCUGUGGCUGCAGGGGUGUUGGGCCUCCUCGCGCUCGGCACACUUGUCACCUGCGUGGCUGCACGCGCGCCCAUGUGUGGGGAGCACCAGUUCCUGUCAAACGGACUGUGCCAGCCUUGCCGACAGUGCCCCCCUGGAGAGGAGCCCAAUCAGGUCUGCGGCUACGACUAUGGUGAAGGCACAACGUGCGCGGCCUGUCCCGCUGGCUACUACAGCGACAAACUCGGUUAUGGCAAGUGCCAGCCGCACGUCGACUGCGAACUCUACAACGCCAAGACACAGCAGGCCGGCAACAAGCAACGCGACUCCGUCUGCGGGGAGUGUCUGCCCGGGUUCUACCAUUGCUCGUUGCUGUCCCCGGACUCGAGCAACAAAUACGAUAAGAAUGAGUGCUGCGACUGCAGGAGCGCCAAAACAAAGUACCCCGAAUGUGGGGAUGGUCGCACUACCGCAAAUGUCAGAAUCCCCCAUGCCGUGCCAACUUCAUCCCACGAGCACGUACGGCCGCUGUUCUAUAUGCUGCUGGGCGUGCUGCUGCUGUUUGCGAUCCUGGUCGUGUGGGUGGUCUGUGGGCCGCGCCGGCGGGCCACUUGCCGCCUCUUGAACCCGGUGGCCUCCUGGUGUCACAGGAUCUCAUCCGGAUGGCGAGCGACCUCGGCUACACAAGUCACAAAUCCGCUCUUGCCAACAGAAAGGAAGGAGACUUCCAGAGACUCGCAGUACAGCCCUUCGGAGGAGGCCACGUUCGAUCCAGCAGGACAGCUGUGCAUGAGUGGACAGCAACAGCUGCUGCAUCAACGACGCCACAGCACCUUCCCAAGAGUCUGCGACAAGCUGAAGAACUGCAAGUGCGAGCAAUGCCAAGACCUUUUUAACUCUUUGAAAUCUGGCCACUCUCAACACAACGCCAACAGGAAAUCCGCUACGAGCGACAAGAAAAAUGCUCACACUUCUGGAGUGCAAAAAGUCAAAGGUCCAAACUUGGUGAAGGAUGAUUCUGACAGUGAUGAGAAUCGGCAGAAGAAUCCGGGCCAGGAUCCCUGGAUGAAGGCCGUCCCGCGCAAGGACCCGUCAGUCAUCGGUUACAGGAGUGCCUCCGUGGGGCCCAGUCUACUUCCCACGGUGCCCAUCAAGCCAGAGGGACCAACGAGAACUAGAUUGAUUGAGCGUGUAGAAGACCUAUACAGACGUGCCCUAAAGAAAACUAAAGACAUGGCCAUCGAUUCGCUCGACUUCAGGCUGAGGGAGAGGCUCACGCUCAAGCUCAACUCCUCCCUCAACGCCAGCAGCGGAGGCAGCCAGCAGAACCUGCUGUCCAAGCUGGCGCACCGCCUGGGCAUCACGAGCGAUGAGGCGCUGCUGCUGGGCAAUGCGGAGGAGCUGCUGCGCGUGGCGAGCACGCGCGCUGCCAGCGUGCCAAGCCUGCUAGAGGCGCUGUACGACGUCAAGCACUACGACGUCCUAAACCUCCUGUGCGAGGGGCUCCUCUCGCCUUACGAAGGGCACCACCUAAGUUACGUUUGAGUUACCAGAUUCACUGAAUUGAUCAAAGCUUCCAGUAAGCCAAGUCACCACAAACUACGACGGUGCAACUUCAUGAGGAACGACUCCAUUCUCAUUAAGUUGCACUUCCCUAUUCUCCCAUUACAAGAUGCACCCCAGAACCUGUGCCUGGCAUCAAUACAUUUACAAUAUGGUUCCACACACGUAACGUUUGCUUUAAAAUAGAGGAUAAAGUGUACCUCGUAAUUCAGAAAAUAUGGAAAUUAUUUCGACUUUUAUAGAAAUUCCGAGGAUGAGAAACUUAUCGGCAGCCAAUCCCGAGCCAGGGGAGUGGCAAGGAAGGCGCCAUGGGCGUCACGAGGGCCCCACGGCUGGACAAGCCGUGGGGCCCUGCUUGGUGCAGGCUCCAGAAUUGGGUUUAACAGAAGCACGCUGGCCAAAAUGGUGUGCUGCCGAGAUCAUGAACAGUGUGCCAUUGCAAAUGUUAUACACAUUAAAUUUUACUGUUCUUGCACUGAAACGCAGCGAAGGCAUGUAAUGUUAAAUUAGAAUUCAGUAUAUGGCAACAUUUGUUUUUAUUACAUUAUCCUUGUGUUUGCAAGGUUUACAUGAGAAUAGGAUUUUCUGGGUUGAACGAACGUUUGUGGAUGUGAAAUUUUAUAUAAAAAUGACAACUUGAAUUUAUAUUGGUUGAAUUUAUAUCGCGUAACUGAGAAAUAAAGCACGCAAUACCAUCAGACCUUGGAAGCUAAGCUGGUAUGAGCCUGGAUAGCGCUAGCAUGGGCGGCAAGCGUGAACAAAAAUGGGAUGUGGGUGCCGUGGUCAUUCGAGGGCGGUGCAGCCAACCCAUCGAUCUCUCGCUCCCCUGCCACCACUCCAGGCCCACCAGCGUGGGGAGGAGCGGUUGAAACAACCUUCGCGACCCGUACGGUGUGGGGGGAAGCCCUGAUCCAGCAAUGGAUUGACAACACGAGAUGGGCACAUUGCGCAGCGCCGUGACCGAGAAGCCGUCUCAACUGCUGUCUUACGGCAGCAGCGCCUGCGACGGCACAGGAGCUGGCCUGGUCUGUGCAAACCGAGAUGUGUGGAAACAAAAUAAUCGUAUCCAUGGCAGAAAACAGAUCAGCCCAAUUAAAGAGGUCACUCAUGACAUUUAUAACGAGGACAAAAUUUCGCGGUGCAGAUACUUUAACAAAAUAAUUGAAUCAGUUUUCAUUGGUGCUGUAUGGUCGUUUCAGCAUGAUUUGGGUGGUGACCCAGGUUCACUACUCCACCAUCCAAAGCUCAAAGGUUGUAUUGGUGUUCUGGUGAUGCCCGACCACAUCGCACGGGACAGGAUUUCACAGGGUUGGAGGUGAGGCUCUGGUUUACCGCGCUCGUGCCUGGGAAAGCAGGAGUGCAGAGCUGCAUUUGGUCCUUCCACCUCAUACAUCCAUCGUGGCCAAGUGGGUGAAGUGAAAUUGGGGCUUUGUUUGAAUAUGCAUCGUACAGUAUAUUCGCGGUCAUGUCAAUGUAUACGGUGAUUUUGAGGUCAUAAAUAAUGAAAACUUUUGUUUAUUUUAGUGUAAUUAUUUUGGAGAUCAACUAAAUCUGGGAUCGUUAUGACUAAAUAACAACACUUGCAAUACGGCAUUGAAGUAUAGUUUAAUGGCCUUAAAAAAGUGUGGCUGUGUAAUAAUAACAAAUCCGAUUUACGAGUACAAAAUUCACACGCGUCGCUAACAAAAGUCAGGCAUAUAUUCUCGCAGAAAACGUAACCCACUAAAAAUACUUGCCAAAACUGAGCGAGGUUUAUUUAACAGCACGGAGCAGCGUGUAUUCACUCGGCACAUGAGUGUCACCAAGCGUGAAUGAGAGCACUGGCUCGCACGCGUGUUUCCCGAGGCGGUGAGAAUUACAUAAAUGCCACAUUCCCAUGGUGGGACAUCUGUGAAAAAGAGCUUCAUAGCUCAUCGGAUUUCUCCAGGAUAAAUAAGGAUUCUGAUAUUUUUAAUUUCUUGGCUUCCCUGCACCACAUUGUUUAUAUUUGCCAGGCAGUCCCCGAUAUAUGGACCCUGAUGACUGGGACCACGACAACGACGAUGGUGAUGAUGGAGUAUAGCGUUGGUCCUCCUGGGCUUCAUGACCAAGGGUCAUUGUAUGUAUGUUGAACUUCUUUCCCACCGUACGGAGGUGCGGGGGAAGGACAACAAGCAUGCUGGUGGCCCCAUGGCCAUUACUCAAGUAUCUCAGACAGGGCCUUGCGUUUCUUCUCUUGAGAUGCCUGGUGUUGCUUCCAUUCCUCCGGCCGCCGAACAAAAUUCUCCAGACACAGGUUCCGGACCACGAAGCGGCCGA